CUCUCACUUCUUCCUUUUCCCCCUCUUCUUCACCAUUGUUGACAAACAUGUUUGGUGAGCCUGAGAUUGAUGACUACCAGUUCCCCCUUCCAGGGUUUCGAUUCCACCCUACCGACGACGAGCUCGUUGGGUUUUACCUCCGACGAAAGGUUGAUAAGAAGGCGAUGGGCAUGGAGCUUAUCAAGUCCGUUGAUAUCUAUAAGCAUGACCCUUGGGAUCUUCCUAAUGUGAGCAAUAACUUGGGAGACAAAGAAUGGUAUUUGUUUUGCAAAAGAGGAAGAAAAUACAAGAACAGUAUAAGACCAAAUAGGGUUACAGGGUCAGGAUUCUGGAAGGCCACUGGCAUCGACAAACCAAUCUACUCCCAUGGAGGACAAGGAAAUGAGUGCAUUGGCCUCAAGAAAACCCUCGUUUACUACAAGGGAAAUGCUGGAAGAGGCACCAAAACUGAGUGGAUGAUGCAUGAAUUUCGCCUGCCUUCUCGCUCUCUUAAUACUCAUACACCUUCCAUCUUCCCAACAAUCAGAAACAAUGUCCAAGAAGCUGAAAUCUGGACGUUGUGCCGAAUCUUUAAACGAAGCGUUUCAUGUGCAAAAUAUGCACCAAAUUGGAGGGAGAUUGCAGCAGGCAAUGGUGGUUCCAUAUUUGGAGAAAUGAAUAAUAGCGAUGACAUGGAUGAUGAAUGUUGUGAUAGAGAUAGCAAUUACAUUAGUUUCAGCCCUUUUAAUUAUGGUGAAAACAAGGCGGUGGGUACUCAUCAUUGGAACCCAUUGAUGAUGAACUUUAGCGCCAUCUCCCAACCACCUCCUUGUUCUACAACUGAGUCGCCACCGUCAAGCCUCUCAUAUUUUGAUGGGGAUGCCACUGAUCUGUUUGGAUACAAAGAUAGGAAGAAGCUUCAAUUGAUUAAUGAUCCUUCAUGAUCUUUUAUGUUGUAAAUAAAAAAUCAUCUCCCCUCACUUAGAUUGUUCUUGGUUUUAGAAACUAAGGUCAUCCCUUUUUGACAAAAUUAUGUAGCUUUCUCUCGUGAUUAAAUAAAAUUAGAAUGGUGGUUGUAAUUAAGUGGAGUUGCAACGCCAUCCUUCUCUGCCACAGAUUGCCAUGAAGAAGUGAUGACACCAUGUUAGGAAUACAGGCGGUGCGAGA